ACCGUUGGUCCGUCAGACAACGUUCACUACCACUCAACAACACACUUGCACACACACACACACACACUUUGAAUCAAUCCUGUCGUAGUCACCAACCCGUCAUCCGCCUUCCAUCGAACAUCGACUCAGAGUCAAAGUUCGCAUUUCUUCUCACUUGUUUUCAAACAACUACACCCUUCUUAACCGCAAAACUUCAUAAUGGUUGCCCACAGACGCGGCCCCUGGUCGCAGCACGAGGAUCAGUGGCUUGUCAACCUCGUAGCUCGCAAUGGACCCCACAACUGGGUUCGCAUUUCACAAGAAAUCGGCUCUAGGUCACCAAAGCAAUGCAGAGAGCGCUAUCACCAGAACCUGAAGCCCUCAUUGAACCACGACCCAAUCACUGGCGAAGAGGGCGAACUCAUUGAGAAGAUGGUUGCUGAGAUGGGUAAGAGAUGGGCAGAGAUUGCUCGGCGGUUAAAAGGUCGCAGCGACAAUGCCGUCAAGAACUGGUGGAACGGAGGUCAAAACCGCAGAAAGCGCAACCCUGAGCGUGCAGACCAACGACCCCGCGACUACAUGCACCAAGCACAGCCUGGCUUCCACUACCCACUUCCCAGCACUCUUCCUCACCAUGAAGAGCACCACCACAUGACCCCUCGCCAUGACCAGCAACGACACGACUCCCACCGACCGUCAGUACACUCGCCACAUGCUCUUAAGCUUCCCCAGCCCCAGCGAUUUGAGCCCUACCCAGCACCUCGACCACAGCCUCUCGACCUCGCCACAUACGGAUCUCACGCGGCUGUACGAGCACGAGGAUUCGAGACGCCUAUGCCUUCACCUUCUGGAUUCUCCAUCGUAUCUGCCGAUGGUGCUCCUUCCCUCAUCACUGACACUGGCUCAGAGUCGAGGUCACCCCGUGGUGCCGCUUCUCCCCCAGACAUGACACUCGCACCAUUAGUCGGUAGCCGGGAAGAGCGCAAGAAUUCCAGUACCCGCUACCUCCCUGCCACUGGCUUUGCACCUGAAGACGACUCUUCUAGCGAUCUUUACAGACGCCGUGGCUCACUUCAGCUGCCUCCUCUGCACCGCAACGAGGCCCAGGCCUCCAAAGCAGCCCCUUCUUUUCGCGAGCCAAACUAUGAGCGCCCGCAGCCACCACAGCUCCUUACCCAGCCGACCCCUCAACUCACACACCACCACUCCAUGCCUCAGUCUGCUCCCACAAGUGUACCACAACGACCACUACCACCUUUCCACUCACUUGCUGAGCCAAGACUACCUCUGCCCCACUCCACAAGUGCAAGCAGCAGCCCAGCAUCGAGGCAACUGCCAUCCCCUUACGUCUUGCCCUCAAUGCCGGCAGAGGCACGAAGCGCACCCGUCUCGCCAAAGGAUCGAAUGUCUCUGCGAAACAUCAUGUAGAUUGCCUGUGUUUCACACUGUCUACCAUAUCCCUUCUUGUCUAUAUGUCACGUCCGCCACUUCAUGUAUCCCUAUUAAUAGCCGAGUUGUCCACCAUCGGCAUCGCUUGUUCUGGUCUUUUUUUCUUUCUUUCUCAAGGUUUACAUCUGCUUGUAUUGUACGAAAUCAUUAGGAAACAUUAGGCAUGACUAGCAGGAUUUUCCCCCAAGUAGGGCCUGUCUACAGAAGGGGCAUCACGUUGGGAGGCUGUAUCAUCUGGUUCUCGUUUCGGCCUGUUGCGGCCACUUCUCUGCAUUCUGUGCGUUAAAGUUCGAAACGCUACUUUGGCGAGUCAUCUGUAUCUUGCGACAAAUUGUCGCUAGCGAUAAUACCCAAUAGUGUCAUCGACACUUGUAUUUGCUCUAUGGCUAUGUCAAACAAAAAUACGAAUCGUAUAUCCAU